GGUCCCGCUCCGCCCCCGCCCGCGCGGGCCGCUCACCUACCGCCCCACGCGCGCGCGCUCGCGCACCACGCGCCCCGCGCGGCCCGCCCGGAACGUGGCCUCCCGGGAGCUAGGUAUGGAAAAGGACCUCCAAAAGGAGUGAUGAUCAGUGAUCUGUGCUCAGACCGGAUGUGCAUGCUCAUGACUCAGGACACCUACCAAGAACACUGCGCUAGCUCCUGGGCCCAGCCUCUCUCCCCCUUAGUGCUCCUCUUUGCCUGAACUGCUAAAGCCAGCGGACCACGAAUGGCUACCCAAAGGAAACACUUGGUGAAAGAUUUCAACCCUUACAUCACCUGCUCUAUCUGUAAAGGGUAUCUGAUCAAGCCGACCACCGUGACAGAAUGCCUCCAUACCUUCUGUAAAACCUGUAUUGUCCAGCACUUUGAAGACAGCAAUGAUUGUCCGAGGUGUGGCAACCAAGUUCAUGAAACAAAUCCAUUAGAGAUGUUAAGGCUGGAUAACACACUGGAGGAAAUUAUAUUUAAGUUGGUGCCUGGACUGCGAGAACAAGAACUUCAGCGUGAAUUGGAAUUUUGGAAGAAAAAUAAACCUCAAGAAAAUGGACAAGAUGACAUUUCAAAGGUUGACAAACCUAAAGCAGAUGAAGAAGGUGAUGAUAACCAAGAUGAUAAAGACUAUCAUAGAAGUGACCCACAAAUUGCUAUCUGUCUGGAUUGUUUACGAAAUAAUGGGCAGUCAGGGGACAAUGUAGUGAAGGGGCUCAUGAAGAAAUUCAUUCGAUGUUCUACACGAGUUACUGUAGGAACUAUUAAAAAGUUUUUAAGUUUAAAACUAAAACUUCCAAGUUCUUAUGAGCUGGAUGUGCUGUGCAAUGGUGAAAUUAUGGGAAAGGAUCAUACUAUGGAAUUCAUCUAUAUGACAAGAUGGCGACUAAGAGGAGAAAAUUUUCGCUGUCUGAACUGCUCAGCCUUGCAAGUCUGCUCUCAGGAUGGCACUUUGCAUCAGUCAUACCCUAUGGUAUUGCAGUAUCGACCAAGAAUUGAUUUUGGGUAGGCCAAGUGGCACAGACUGCACUGAAUGAACCCUGCACUAUUUGUUUACUCGUCGACAGAUUGCACAGUGAGCGGUGUGUGGACUUGAGAGAUACGAUCUGAUUUUCAGCAUGCACAUAAGGCCAUUGUCUGUCUCUAAACUGUCAGUUUCUUUCAUGUUGUUUCUAUUAGGAGCAAUUCAAGUGCCCUUCUGCUACUGACCGUCUGCAUAAGAUACUCAUGCUGUCUCAGUGUGCAAGGCGCGGCUGAAGUCAGUUAGGUGUGCAGCCGUGACUCUGCUUUCUCAAUAUUUUGCUUGCCUGUUGCAAGAUUGUUCUAAUGUUAAUUACACUAGUAAAAUGGCUCAAUCCUUGUGGUGUUGCAGUUUUCACAUACUUAAUACUUUUAUUCUUGUUAAAAUAGAGUACUGUACAAGAACCUAGUAUAAUUAUAUCUUGAAAUUAUUUUGUAUAAGAAUAUAUUUAGAAAAGUGGUUUCUGAGCCACUGCCCUAUUCUUGGUAAACUUUUAUGUAAAAAAGAAUAAACAACCAAAAAAAAAAAACCCAAAAAACCAAAAUGCCAGCUUAUUCUUGAGUGUGCAAGUCUUUUGUGAAGAAUUCCAGUUAUUUUUUUGACCAGAGCACAUUGCAAUUGGAGAUGUUCUAAAUGUCUGGGCAGUCUACCGUUGCACAGAAAGGCGUGUUAGCCCUUAACGGUGGAACAUAUGUGACUUGGACAACUGAAGUUCAUAAUGUUGGCAGCUGACCGUAUUGACUUCUACUAAAAUUAAUGUGGGAGUACAUUAACAUUGUUACUGUCUGAGGGCAAGUGGGUGUUGCUUUACAAGCGUGCAUUCAUUGUGUAGCCCAUGUUCUGUGUGCCUCAUUGCAUUGCUGAUGUCAUCUUAUGAAAGCAUUUUUCUUUUAAGUUGGCCUUAGGCAUGUGUCCUGGUAUGCAGUGGGCUAUUGUAAAGUGGUUUUAAAUACCGGGAUAUUUAGAUAACAUUCGCUCUUUUAUGGAUUUCCAAAGUCUCAAGUUACCGAUCCAGAGUGUUCACUGCAUAUCACAUUUCCAAACCAUGUACACAGAACAAAACAAACACUGGGUGGUAGAUAAAUACAAUAACCAAAAUUAGUGGUUUGGGAACACUUUAUUCUAGAGACUGUAGUAACCAGGCGAAGAGGGAUUAUUGUUUAAACUGUGAGUUCAUUGUAGGUGAGUGUGUUAGAAGUCAGAACUAUGAUGAUGUCCUUGAUGUUGGCAGUUUAGUUAAGUCUUCCAUUCAUUUUGAAAUUAGCCUGCAAGUCCGAGUCCUCUGUGACCUUAUUACAUGAAAACAUGUUAGGUCUUGUAAAAUAAAUAGUUAUUUCAAGAAAGAAAACUGUGGAGCAUGUCUAUUGGUUGUUUUGAAAAAGCUAAGUUCUGAGAAGUAGGGGGAAAAUUAAGAAAAUGACUUGUUUUAGAAAUUAUGUAAGAGCACUGUGUUUUUUUUAAUGCUGUGAACACAGGUGAUCCACGUUUUUUUAGUAAAAUACUUCACAAGUGAAUGCUUUCUGAAUUCCAGAGUACUUCAUAGAAAUAAACAUUGUACAGCGCUAAGAAAUACACAAAAUACAGUUCAGUCUUGGUGUCUUUCAUAAUAUAAAAGGCUGAAAGUUUAUGAUUUUUUUUUAUAUUUUUUUAAGUCAAAAAAUCUGUAUUAAAGUUUGCUGCAUUGGAAGGCCACAGCAGAUUUUUAAUUUCAUCUUUUUCUAAUGCUGUUUCUAGAAGAACUCACUAGCAGGAUUUAAGAGGCAGUUAAUUUACUCAAGUUUAAGAGAAGACCAUUAUACUUGACUAAAAACCUGAAUUUAUUGUCUAACUUCAGGAAUUAUUUGGCUGUUUUGCAAAACCCAGUUCCUAGUUUAUCCCUUAGAAAAUUUUAAAGAUUCUGCAGUUUGUCACAGUUAGAUAAAUGGGUUUUACAUAUGAAGGUUAAUGUUAAUUGACAUAAGUCAAAAUCAAUUUUGAAAGCCACACACUAAGACUUAGCUGUUUGGCUCCUCAACCAAGCCUUGAGGCUGUAGGUGAAUUUGUAUACAAAGUCUCUUUACAUUUUGCUUGUUGCCUGAUCAUAUGUAACAACUAUUUUCUUUUUUUUAUUAUUAAUUACAGUUUAUUCACUUUGUAUCCCAGCUGUAGCCCCCACUCUCGUCCCCUCCCAGUCUCAUCCUCCCUUCCUUCCCUCCUCCUAUACCCCUCCCCUAGUCUAUUUGACCUUAGCCUUUCAAGUCUCAUCAAGGCUGGUUGCAUCAUCUUCCUCUGUGGCCUGGCAAGGCUGCACCCCCCACCCAGGAGGAGGUGAUCAGAGAGCCAGCCACUGAGUUCAUGCCAGAGACAACCCUUGCUCCCCUUACUAGGGAACCCACUUGGAGACAGAGUCUAUGGGCUACAUCUGAGCAGGGGUUUUAGGUCCUCUCUAUGCAUGGUCCCUGGUUGGAGUAUCAGUCUCUGCAGGGGCCCCAGGGCCCAGUAUUUUUGGCUCUGUUGCUCUUCUUUUGGAGCUCCUGUCCCCUUUAUCUCCCCCUUCUUUUAUAAAAUUCCAUGCACUCUGCCCAAAGUUUGGCUAUGAGUCUCAGCCUCUGCUUUGAUACCUCAAGGCACUUUCUCAUAAAAUUAGUAACUAUUUUCUAAGGGAUACAUAGGAAACAGGAACCACAAAGCAGUUUUAUAAAAAUUCCUUUAUUUAAUGCCACUGCAUUGAUGUUUUCACUGAGAUGCAAUAAUAGACUGUGCCAAAGCAUACCAUUAAGGACAUCUGACAUCAUAUGGGCCGUCGGCCUCCUCUGCUGUAUCAGCCAACUGUGGAACACUUUCUUGUCUGGUGUGGCAUGCCCCGAAUUCCCACUCAGUUGCACUUGCCAGGAACCUGCUGUAGGGAACACAAGCAGGCACUGUUUGUGGCCAGCUUUAUAGCUAUAGGGUUAGUUUAAAAAAAUAAAUAAAUAAACAAACAAACAAAUGAAAACAAAAAAAAACCAUUUAAAUAAUUUGCAGAAAUAACUGUCUGAAUCUGUAAACCCAAGAAUAAAUGAAAGCUACUGUUCAACCUCCAAUUUCUUAAGCAAUAAACUAAAGAACUUUACUCCAAAAAAUAUUGUGUUACCAGUUUUACCUGCCUUAAAAAAACAGAUAUUAAAGGGCCGUGGAAUCUUGGAUAUAAAGAAUACCUGCUGUCUGUCAUAAGAAUCACUUUAAAUUGCAGUAAUGACAUCAGUUAAUAGAGAUAAAAAUGUCCUUUUUUCUAGCUUAAACUAAGAGGCUCAUCAAAGAGGCUACAUUAAGCCUGAGGUUUGGGUGACUAGAGUAAUGUUUUUGACAGCUUUUAAGUUCUUUAUUCACUAAGCAUAUUCCACCUUGUGCAGAUGUAGUGAGUUAGCACAAAUGUUAAUUGAAACUGAGACCUUAAGAAGAAACAGCUGUGUUAUAGACGAUGGUGCGCUGUUAAGCCUCACUGUUAAGACAGUGCCUCGAUGCCCAAGUGCAGCCCUGUUGGAGGUUCCCUGCAUCCGUCUCCGGUCAGCUGCACCUGUCUCAUGGUUUCCUAUCCAAAUGGGCACUUAAAGCUAAAAUAAGAGUUUUGUAAGAACAUAGACAUCACCAAAGACAUUUUACUGUGUGUUGGAGACGGAGUGUAACCCGAUUGUGAAGAGGCAGUACUAGCCUUGACUGGUUACUAAAAUAUUAGCAGGGAGGGCACUGCAGGAAGUGUUCUUGGUGGGAGUCAAGUGUGUCUUUCUUGCCACAGUCAGCAUAUUUCCCUUCAAAUACGUUCACUUUUUUUUUUUUCAGUACCAUCUGGUAGGUCUUAGAAAAUCCUCAAAUAUGAGAAAAAAAUAAACAAUACAAAUAUCCUUUCCAUGAAAAUGGGAUAAAUACAAACUUACAAAAACAAUUUCCGUUUCAAGAAGCUUUUUAUCCCAUGGAGAUGGUGUGGAGGAAAUCGGACCUGUUCAGCUCCACUGAAGACAAGCUUUAGUAGAAGCACAGACAGGCCCGCCUGUGUGGAACACAGCGCUGUAUAGGUGCAGACAAGCCUGUGUUGAACACAGCACAUCCUACUGGAUUGACAGAAGUGGUUUUGCUGUUUGUAAAAAAGCAAAAUUCCAUAGGGCCCCUGAUUGUUUUGCUUUAAAAGUGACGGCUUCUCAGCAGGCACUUUAUGGAAACUAAACUUAGCCAUGUGGCCAAAUUCUGACAAAAUGGAGCCCUGGAAAAUGUCCCAGUAUGCUGUUCUUUCUUUGGGGUUGAUGAUCUGCUCUUCCGCUGCUGCUGAGGUUAAGCCAGCCUGAGGUAAAGCCCUGCAGAGUGGCAGAGCGAGCCCCACCGUCCUGUGCAGUGUGGGAGCAAGUGCUGCACCCCUGAGCCACACCCCUCAGCCAUUCCUCUGAUGAAGUAGGCAUUCUCUAGAAAUCUAAGCUCUAUACCACUAAAAUAUCGGUAUGAAUUGGCCAAAACCUCUUUUCUGGAUUAGAAUAAAAAACUUGAAAUGCUGUUAACCACUGAUUUCAGUGUGUAAAUCCUCUGGAGAGCAAUAAGGGACAGAACCUGUCUGCUGGGUCUGGUUCAUGAAAAGUUGAACAGUUGUCAAAUGCACUAACAACUCAAACACCCUUCAAAGCCCAGAAUCACCGGUUGCUGGAUUUACUUGAGGAGCUCUGCUCAAGUGUGUUUUUUCAUCAAAAACAUGGGAUUAAGAUAAAAAACAAAAAAAACCCACAGACUGCCCUAGACAGUAGGGACUUUAUUGUUUGAGUGUUAAGCUGUAGUGUUUCUCAGGUCAUUUGAAACUGCUUCUCUUCCUGGAAAUCGAUUUUCACAAAGUUUACUGGCCAUUAUGUUAUGUUUUCUAGUGGGAUUAAAAUGAUUGGGCAUUUCUUCAGAAAAUGAUAAAAGUAAACUUCAAAAUAAUUGCUUCAAAUUCUCAUGCAAGUGUGUCUAUCCUCAAGCCACUUUUCCACGAUCCAAAACAGCAGUUUUCCACAAAUAUGUUUUCAUCUUAAUUGUCUUUGAAUCUAGAGUCAGAUGUAACAGAGUAUGUUAAAUACUAGGCCUAGUUUUUUUUCUGUCUCUCAGCAGUUACUAGAAAAGGAACCAGCUAUAAUAGCACAAACGAAGACUAACCAGUGUGUUGACGUAAGUCCAGGAGCAGGGCUCUUUUCUGCACGUGCACAUGUUUGGAGGUCAGCCUGGCACUGUUGGAGACCGGUUCUCUUUUGCUGUCUUUUUCAGAAUGGGAUUGGGGGCCCUAAGUGUCCUUAUGAAGCUGUGGUCCAGGACAAGAGCGUGGGGGCGGGGGUUACAUGUUCCUUCACUUUCCUGUGUCUGGCAACUCAACAGCAAUCAUUUCUUAGAAUAGCCCUCAUGGUUAUUGAAUCUAGCACAGAAUAUAUUGUAAAGUUAUGUUGCUAAUUUUAUUUUGAAAUAUGAAAUAUUUUAAGCUUUUUGUCAAAAGUGGUAACAUCAUACUACAAAUAAAAACCUUUUUGUGGUUGUAAGAUUUAGCUUAUGAAUCAUUCAAAUUGAAGUGAAAGAAUUACCAGGUCAUUGUUAAUGACUUAGUCUAUUAAGAAUCUAUGUAUUUUUGUAAAGGAAAAGCACUUGUAGAUAUUUAAUCAGUACAAGAUCAAUGUCUGUUUUGCAGAAAGAAAAUGCUGCUUAGAGAUUCUCUAAAUAUUUUUUAUUGUUGUGCUUAUAUGUGUUUUCUGUUGAUCUAUGGAAUGUCCUGUACAAACUGUGUAACUGUACUGUUGAGCUGGAUACAUUUUUUUUAAUUCCUGGCUUAGCCAUGUAUAUUUGACCAUGUUGGAAAUAGUAUCUUUGUUAUUAAAUUUUUGAUUGCA